UCUCUUUGCCAACUACCAUUCUACAAAAUAUUCCUUUCCCACCUUCCAUUCUCCCUCCUAGUAAACUUCCUGUAGGAGAAUGUUUCUCUUUCUCAGUCAUGCAUGAAAUAGUAUUUAAAUGCCUCCAGUUCCCCAACAUCUCUCCAACUCAUAAUUCUCUUGUGACUCUCUGACAAAGGGUUAAGUGCUUUGAGGUUUCAUUCUUUGAGUGAAAAAAAAAGAAGAAGAAGAAAAUGGCUGAAUCAGAACACUCUUCUAGUGAAGAUGCAUCUAUGGACUCUAUAGAGGAUCACAAUAAACAAGAUUCUGAACUUCAGUUCUCAGAAGAUGAGGAAACACUGAUAAUCAGGAUGUUUAACUUGGUUGGAGAAAGAUGGACACUGAUUGCUGGGAGAAUCCCUGGAAGAACAGCUGAGGAGAUUGAGAAGUACUGGAACACAAGAUACUCUACAAGCCAGUGAAAGCAUUAUUGUGGAAUGUGUUGGGAAGUUUUUGUUUUGGGGUCUAAAAGGAAUUUGAUGACUUAACUAAUUAUUAUGUAAUUGGUGAAAUAUAAGGGGUAUAUUGUUUUGGUUCUGAAUCUUGAACUAGUGGCUUUGGGUCUUUAGGUUUGAGAGUUUGGAAAUUUACUUGCCUCUUGACAUGACCUAAAAUUAGGAUGUAAAUAUGUUGGAACCAUGUUUUUGUUUGAAUGGA